AUGGAAUCCUGCAGGAACUUCUCCGAGUUUUACUGCAAUACCUGUCACCUGCGAAUCUGUGACCAAUGCAAUCAGCACCAUCUAGAGCAGAACAAUGGACAUGAGAUUGUCCUUUAUCACGAGAGAAGGAGGAAAAUUCCCGCAGAGAAAUGCAGGAUCCACCCUACCAAAGAUAUUAAUGUUUACUGUGAUGAAUGUCAGGAUUCUGUCUGUUCUAUAUGCUUUGCUUGGGGUCACAGAGAUCAUAAUAAAGUUGACCUUGAAGCCAUAUACAAUAUCAUUUUAACGCAAUGUCAGAGUGAAAUAAGUAAAAUCUGGAAAACAGUCAUUCCUGAAGCUAAAAAUAAUGUUCAAUCUAUUGGGGAAAAGAGAGAAAAUGUCAAGAAAGAAAUUGCCAAGUUUAGAGUUUCCAUGAAGGAGAGAGCAGAUGAACUAAAGGAAGCCGUUGAAAGUAUCCUGACUGAUAAUUUGAAAAAACUGGAUGAAAUUGAGAAUUAUGUCCUUAAUGAAAUAGCAGAACAACAGAAGGAAACAGAGGACUACAUAAAGUACCUGGAGAAAAUAAUAUCAGAGUACGAGAGUAAAAUAUCAUCAAUAAAGCAUACUAAACUCAUGAAAUUCCAAUUAGAAAUUUUAUUAGCUUCUCUGAAGAUGCACAAGAAACCUAAACUGCCAAUUUUUACUUUAGCUACACUAAACAAGGAAGAGAUAUCCAAACAGUUUGGUGAAAUUAAACUAGAUUCACCAAAAAGGCUUAAGAUUUCUUGUGUCAUAAAAGUAAGUGAAAUAGCUAUCCAGGAACAUGGAACUUCCCAUUUGUCUCCCUUGGCCCCCAAUAAAUUUUGGGCUAGUGAAAGAUGGGAGAAUCUCAUUCAGUAUGAUAUGGAAGGAAACAUCUUACAUAAAAUAUCCACCAGUAUGAAUUAUAUCCCAGGUAACCACACAGUCACUAAAGAGGGAGAACUACUUUAUACAGUUUACAACAAAAACACUGUAUACAGAGUAACUAGUGACAACACUAUCAGCAAACUUAUUAAGACUGGGAGCUGGACACCUGGAGCCAUCUACUCUUCCCCUAUCAAUGGGCACAUAUUGGUCGGCAUGAAGAGAAAUUCAGACCAAAAAAUAACCAGAUACAACAGAGAAGGAAGGAAGUUACAGGACAUACAGAGGGAUGAUAUAGAUAAAUCAUCCUAUCAAAGUAUACGCUACCUCACAGAAAAUAUCAAUGGUAACAUUUGUGUAUCAGACAGUUAUGCUGGUGAGGUUGUGGUGGUUACAGCAUCAGGGCAGUACCACUUCUCUUACUCUGGUCACCAAUCUCAGUCUGAAUUUUUUCCCUGUGGCAUCUGUACAGAUGUACUGGGGCAUAUCGUGGUGUGUAAUGGCUCUACGACGAAUUACUCAAGUGUUCAUCUGCUGGACAUUAAUGGCCAGUUCCUGUCUCUCCUACUCACACCAGAACAAUGUCCUCCACAUCCCCGUGCUCUCUGUAUUGAUGAUAAACACAACCUCUGGAUCGGGGGAUCAAACGAGUUCACUGUCUUUGUGUACAAAUAUUUGCAGAACACAAAACCAUGA